AUGUCCACAUCCUUUCUGCCCGUACACCUUCUAGUGCUUAUCCAUGGCAUGUGGGGUCAUCCUUCGCAUCUUCAUCAAUUGGUCCGCCGUAUGGAGCACAAACAUCCUUUUUCGGCUACCAACGGUACCAGGCUUUGGGUUCUCAACGCGCGAACUAAUUCUGAAGAGUUGACCUACGAUGGCAUUGAUUGGGGAGGAGAGCGCGUCGUGGAGGAGAUUGAUGCAGAAGUGAGGGAUAUAACGGCUGGAGGAGGGCGUGUUACACGUUUAUCUGUAACAGGAUACAGUCUGGGCGGACUUAUUGCACGUUAUGUUGUUGGCAUCCUCCAUCAGCGGGGCUUUUUCCACGACGUAGAACCAAUAAACUUCAACACCAUCGCUACCCCUCAUAUAGGCAUGCCUCGAUAUGCAUCACUAUUAUCAGCCCUGAUGGCUGCAUGCGCAAAACAUCUUUCCAGAACGGGGGAGCAAUUGUUUUGUUUGGACACAUGGUCUACUACGGGGAGAUCGCUUCUGGAUGUUAUGGCCGACCCUGACCAUAUAUUCUACAAAGCACUAGCGUCUUUCCGACACGUCCGAAUAUAUGCCAAUGCCGUCAACGACGUCACCGUACCAUAUGUCACAGGAGCUAUAGAACUGCAAGACCCAUUCGCGGAUACGGCUAGCAGUGGAGUUCAGAUCGAACUAGACGAAAGUUAUCCACCAAUAAUCAGCAAGUACACUCUUCCGCCGAAUCCUGUGAAACCGCCCACAUUAUCCAGGGAUUGGUUUCGGAGGUUCAGCCCAUCCUCGAAAGGCCUGUUUCUCCCAUUGCAGAACAUAAAGCUUCCGCUCCACAAAAAAAUUGCUUUGUACACCUUGCUUCCUGUGCUCCUGGCGCUCGGUGUUUCUUUUGCGCUCCGCAGAUUCAAGAGAGAUUCCAAGACAUCGAGAUCAAGGCUAAGAGACCUCGAGUCGGAUGCCUCCAGGAGUCGAAGGCUCGUAUACAUAUUUGAGCAACUGGAGCAUCGGGCGGAAGAUGUUGUCAUAGACGUUCUGGAAGGUGUCAGGCAGUCGGGCUCUGAUGGAGUAGUCUCAUCUGCAGUACCCCCACAAGGGGUAGAAACUAGCCAAAACACGACAAUCAACGGAGUAUCAGAGCUCACCAGUAGCAACACAGCGCUAGCUGCCCACUCAGCUGUGUCGCCAUCUCUACCUUUACCUGACCGGCCUCAACUCCGACGCACAAUAGACCAGCCCAAGCUAACCGACGUGCAAAGACGCAUGGUAGAACAACUGAAUAGGUUGCCCCUCAUCAAAACCCUGGCCUAUUUCCACGAGGCACGGAACGCUCAUGCGCUCAUUGUAUGUCGAGACGCGGAUUACUUCCCCGAAAUGAGGGCUGGAAAAAAUGUCGUAAAAUAUUGGUCAAAUGUGUUCGUGGUGUAG